AUGGAUCCUAUACUGGAGGUUGUUAGCUUGCUGCUUGGGUUCAUUGGAUGGUUGAUGGUGGGGAUAGCUAUACCGAACCGUUACUGGAAGGUUUCAACGGAUGACGGGAACGUCAUCACUACCUCCACCAUCUAUGAGAACCUAUGGAUGUCCUGUGCCACAGACUCAACUGGUGUCCACAACUGUCGCGAGUUCCCCUCUCUACUCGCCCUGAACGGCAAGUGCACCCAAGAUAAUUGGAAUCUUUGUCAAUAAAAAAUGUAACAAUUGCAAUAGAUACAUUAACCAAUAAUGUUGAAGAGUAAAUUGAUUUAUUGCCUAUGAUGAUCGAUAUUGUUUUGUUGUAAUUAAAGCCCCAUAGGCUACACUUUUACUUUUUAAUUUGUGGAUAAGAGGUCAUAAGGUAAAAAUAUGAUUAUCCGAGAACAACGUAAAUAACCAAUCAAUUUAGGUUGAAUCAAGAUGUAAUUGGUUAAGAUAAAAUCUGCCAAAUAAUUUAUUUAUAGGUCUUUGAUUGUGCCAAUUUUCCUUCCCUACUCAACACAGCAGAAGGCUGUUCAACUUCAAUACAUCAUAUCCUUAAAUAUUUAUUAUCAUAAUUAUUAGUUUCACGUGUGGUUAAUAAAAUGUGUAUUACUCAAUAUGUUUCUGUACAAAUCACAUUUGAUAAUCAUUGUAUUUGUUAUUACAGUAUAUAAAAAACGUGUAAUAGCCCUAUUAAUCUUGAUUGUAAAAUGUACAGUUUGCCUUUAUUUUUAAGCAGGAUACAUCCAGGCGUCUCGAGCAUUGAUGAUUGCAGCGAUGGUUUUUGGAUCUAUCGGGCUCCUCGCCACCCUGGUCGGGGUACAGUGUUCUAAAGCGGCCGGAGAGGACAUGGUUCUAAAGGGUAGAAUAGCUGGCGUUGGUGGCGUGCUUUUCUUUCUUCAAGGUAACUGGGCAUUCUCAAGUUUACUAUAAUUACUGCUUCUAUAUGUUAUAACUGCUAAAUCUCAAUUACUUUGUGCACAAUUAACUUCUCUCUCUUUCUCCCUCUCUUUUUCUCUCUCUCAGGCCUGUGCACAAUGAUCUCAGUGUCUUGGUAUGCUUUCAACAUCACCCAGGACUUCUUUGAUCCAUUCUAUCCCGGGAUAAAGUAAGUGAGAGGAGACUGAUUCCAACUAAAGUAAUGAGGCUAGUAGCAUACUACUGCCCUCUGCUGUAUUUUAGACAGAAGAGCAGUCUCGCUUCCAACCCCUAUUUAUGAACUUGAUUAACUGUGGGAUGUACUGUGUGUUGCAGGUAUGAAAUCGGAGAGGGCCUCUACAUUGGCUGGUGCUCGGCUCUUCUUGCUAUCAUUGGAGGGUCGUGUUUGACAUGUGCCUGCAAACUGGGCACGUCUGAGAAACAGUGAGUUCAGUGGAUACUGUGUGUCUAUGUACAUGUGUGUAUGUAUGUGUGUGUGUGUGUGUGUGUGUCUGUAUCCUUCCUUAUCCACAUCUAUGUGUGUCCUCAUCCACUCUUCCUCUCUUCUUUCCCGUCCUCAGACCUUAUGCAUACCAGCCCAGGGGCAAAGUGUACUCUGGAGUUGCACCAUCACGGAGUCAGGCUGCCACUUCCUACGGCCAGAACGCCUGUGUCUGA